GUUUCAAUCAUGGAUCUUUGUUAUUAAUUAUUAUAUGUAGGAAAAUAAUUUAAUUUCUAUUCCAAGUUAUUUGCAGCGCCCAAAAAUAUACAAGCUUUGCAUUUUACAAUUAAGUUUAUGUGAUAAUGUCCGGUUAUUAUGACUAUCACCGAUGGGAACCCUUGGCCGAAUUUAACUUCAAUAUCGGCGAUCAAUUCGAAAAUCCUGAAGAAUCUGACGAAGAAAAUAAUUACGUUUAUUGUCUUUGUAGUAGAGUAUUUAUAAGGGAUGGAAUAAAAACAUAUUAUGUUGAAAAAGAAUAUGGGAGCGAAAGUGAUGCAGAUUUUAUUCAGGGAUCCCAAUCACAGGAGUGUGAAGAUCAAUCUCAUGUGCAUUUCUCGCUAGAUACAUCUUACAAAGUUAAAUGUGAUAAAGAUGAAAACGCCAGCUGCUAUUGCAGUGCAUCCCACACGGAUAACUACUGUUCAACUGACGAACAUGACCCGGCUCAAAUUCACAGCUUUCACACAAACACUAUUCAGCCUAGUGACAGUGGGGCUGAUCUCACUUAUCAAGACUACCACUCUGUUUACACAUCAACUGAUAGAAUGGAAAAAAUGGACGAAGAUACUCCCAUACAAACAAACAAUAUUCAAGAAGAUUAUCUAUCUGAAGAUACUUGGGAAAAGUUCUGGGCUGUGAAUGGAGAGAGAAUCAUCUGGGCUUCUUGGAUACACAAAUAUAGUGACUAUAUCAACCCAGCAUAUUUAAACGAUGGUGAAUUGGCAGUUGAUGAAAAUAACAUGAUGAAGCAAAAUUCAGCAGAGCCAAUAAGUACAGAUGUUACUGAUUCCAAUCAGAAAACAGACAAUGUAAGAGAGAGGAAAUUCUCAUAUGAUUCUAAAGUUAAUCCAUAUAAAAGGGGAUCAAAGAAUGAUGAUUUAAGUGACAAAAGCAAUAAAAAUAACACAAACAAUGAUAAGCAAAAUGGUGAUGAUGCAUGGUUGUCCAUAAGUAGUAGAAGGAGGUCUUGUUCUGAACAUGACAGAAUUGUCAGCCCUAGAACAGUAGAAGGAACAGAUUCUUUGACUAAUGUAACAAAGAUUACCAUUUCCAGCUGUGAUGUAACAUCAAGCCAUGUAACAUCAGAGUCAUCACCCACAGAUGAUUAUAGCGUCACAUCAUCAACAUCUGAGGAUCAGUUUAAUGAUCAAACUAGAAUAGCUAAUGUAGAAGAUAAUAAUGAACAGGCACCUGCAGAAGAAAUGGACACAGAACAGUAUUGGCAAUUCUUGUGGAAGAAGCAUUUUGGUGAAAUUUACGCACUGCAUUAUGCAAAUUAUACUGAAUGCCACAAUGCUAAUAAAAUUGAAGAGAAAUACGAGAAUGGAGAACUCGCUGUGGAUAAGAAAACAGAAGAUGUAAAGACGUUAGAUGUCGAAUGUGAGAACAGUGAAGGGAAUUCACAGGAACUGCCAUCAGUUAUUGAAGUUAGAACUCAAAUGGAUCAAGUAAAUUUAGAGGAUAAAGUGAAAAAGCCAAGGAAACGGAACAAGAAAUCAAAUCGCAUCGUUCACUCUGUUGGGGCCUUAUUGCAAAAUCUGUUGCAAGAACACAAAGAUGAUACAAGUGGAUCGAUAGAUAGUGAAGUUUGUAAAGCUGAUGAAAAUGUACCUGAUACAAUGAAUGCAGAAAAUGAUAGAGAAGAAACUGGACAUGAUGCACAAAAAAGUCAAGAGGAUGAAGAUACAUGUGAUAAAAAAGCUGAGAAAUCUAAAAGUUACAAUAAUCGUCAAAUACAUUCAGUUGGUGCGUUGCUACAAAAUCUAGUAAAUGAAAAGGAAAAAUAUGAAGAUAGUAAUCCAGUUGAUGGUGAUAAUAACCAAAGUGAGAACUCAAAAGGCGAUAAAACUGUAAGUUCAGGAAAUGUUACAAGUAGUGUAAGUGAAACAACUUAUCAGCAUAGUGGAAAAAACAGUUAUAAUAAUUCUUAUUAUGAUGAUGGUGAAGAUGAACCACCAGAAGAAAAACCUGUCACACUAAAAAGAAGUCAUGAAGUUGAUUUAGAAGAAAUAACAGCAGAUAAGAUAAACUCUACCUUUCAAACGAUGGGAUUCAGUUUUGACUCUGAUCAAAUGCCGCAUGGAGAGCUUGUGUUUAGACGACGAUUGAGGAAACUGCGACUACCACGGUACAAGAAGACACCAAAGAAAAUAUAUUUUGACGAUGAUGGGAAUCCAUAUAGUUCAGACCAGUUUCAGGACAGAGGUCAAGAUUUACAAACAGAAGAUGAAGGUACUGAAAUUAAAUUGGACACUGACAAAGAGAAAGAUUGUAAUAAUAUUGAUGAUAGUAAAGAUAUAGCUUUAAAAGAUAUGUCUAAUAUUGGUACAAAAGAUGAAAUAACUAAAGUUAAAAGUGAAGAAAUAAACAUUGUUAUAAAUGAAGAGAAUUUAAAUGAAGUAAAUGAAAAUGAUAAGCAAGAGUUAGAAGGUGAUAAGGAAGGCAGUGAUGAUAUUAUGGAAACUAAUAAUCAAACGAAACGCCGUAAACGUCAAAAGCGUCACUCGAAGCACGAUGUAGAAGAAUGCAAUGCAGCUCAUAUACCAGAGGAGCUGAGAGGUGAUCCUAAAAUGAUGAAAUAUUGGAAGAAACGACAUUCAUUGUUCCAUAGAUUCGACGAAGGAAUAAAACUAGAUCGCGAGAGUUGGUUCAGUGUGACCCCAGAGAAUGUAGCUUGGCACAUUGCGAAUAAAUACUCGUAUGAUGUAGUUUUGGACGCGUUUUGCGGUGCCGGGGGAAAUACUAUACAAUUUGCUCACACUUGUCAUAAAGUUAUUGCCAUAGACAUAGAUCCAUUGAAAAUAGAAAUGGCCAAGCACAAUGCUGAGGUGUACGGCGUCGCAGAUAAAAUAGAAUUUAUUGUUGGCGAUUUCUUUGAAAUGGCGCCAAAUUUGAACGCGGAUAUGGUGUUUCUGAGCCCGCCUUGGGGAGGACCUAAUUAUUCUGAUAAUUCAGAGUACGAUAUAGAAACUAUGUUGAUACCAAAGCCGGCUUCCGAACUUAUGCGAAUUGCGCGGGAAAUUAACUCCAACGUCACAUUGUAUUUACCGAGGAACUCAAAAACUGAUCAGAUUCUUGCAAUAGCUCAAGAAGCAGGUGGUACCGUGGAAAUAGAACAAAGUUUUCUCGACAGAAGAUUUGUUGCUAUCACAGCAUACUUUUAUUAAAAAAAUAUAUACAACAUUAUUUUAUAAGUGUAGUACAGAAUUAUUAAUUACUUACGACAUGUACGAUGUGACGAUUUAUUGAGAGGGCAUUUAAAAUGGCAUGUUAUUAGUAACCAAGUAGAAACAUUAUUUUCUGACCAAUUCAAUCAUAGUGAACAAAUAGUAAGUGAAAAUGAGAUAUAAAAAUGGUAUAUUAUAUUAUGGAUGUUUAUCUUAUAUUCAUUAAGCAGAGGAAUUAGAAACUUGGAAGUGUUAUAGAUACAGAGGGGAGUU